AUGGCCGAUGAACUAAAAAUGGCGGAGCUGCUCGCGGCUGUGAACCACAUAAUUGCUUCUCGGAAUCAAGCAGCUACAGACGAGGCAGAUGAAAUGUCUGCGCCGGACAAGAAAAGAAGGGUACAAGAAGACCUUGCAAUUGGAGAAGGGAGAGCCAGGGCUCAAGAUUACACCAGAAUUCUUUUCUAUAAUUGUAUCGAACAUGCUGAUACGUUGGAGGAUGGAUACAAGAAUGGUCUGGAAAAGAUGAUAGAAAGUCUAACUGUGCUCUUUGAGUUUAAUGGAUUGAUGGCUGGCUUCUUGUUUGUCGGUUUGUCCAUGGGAGCAAAACCAGCUACUGCAAUUCAGGCUGCUUGGUACUUUUGCGUGAUCAUGGGAUUUGGAGCUUCUGUGGUAGCUACGCUUCUCAUAUUUGUAUCGACGUGGUAUCUUCGAGGAAAUUUCGAUGAAGAUCCUGAGAAAAUGAUCAAUGCGAUUGUUAAGAAGUGGAACUAUAUCAACACGCUAUCUUAUAUAUUGACCGUUGGGCAAGUUACAAUGCUAACCAUUGCAGUGAAUAUUAUGGUUCAUGAUUUGUACACAGAUUUGGGACCCAUUGAUUGCUUCGAAUCUCUGACCGAUGGUCCAAAGUGUAAUCCAAAUGGAUCUUACAUGCGGAUGGCGAUAUUCGGAAAUGUGUUGUCUCUUGGAUUCUUCUUUCUCGUUCUCCAUUUCUGGCUGAAUGUAGUCUAUUGGAAGGAUCCAACACGGAAGAUUCAUGCGCAGCACAAAGCGUUGGAGCAGUAA